GGGCUGAGUAAGUGAGCAUUGGGUUUGUGGAAGAGGCCCACGAGAGACUCGGCCGAAGGGGCCGAAGCCGAACCAAGCAGAGAAAGCGGAGACCCACCAAAAAAAAAAAAACAACAGAGAAAGCGGAGUAAGUUGGGGAAGAAGGAAAAUUGUUAUUACUAGAAUUGAAGAGUAGGAAAAUAGAGAGACGAGCCAUUUAUGGGGGUUUGAUUUGAAGAGAUAAGAUUCCAGGAAGGAAAAUCAAGGGAGCGAGUGUGUGAGAUUUAGCGAGCGAGCGAGCGAGAGAGAGAGAGGGUGUGGUUAGAGCGCGAGCGCUGUCUGUCUGUGAGAGCUUUCUGGGUUUUUGAGUGUUAGGGUUUCUCCCUGGUUUUUCUUUGACCAUCUUCUCAUGGAGCGCAAGCUUGUGGUUCUGGGUAUUCCGUGGGACGUUGAAACGGAUGGAUUGAGAGAGUAUAUGAGAAAGUUUGGAGAAUUGGAAGAUUGUAUUGUCAUGAAGGAGCGUUCAACUGGUCGUUCUCGUGGAUUUGGGUAUGUGACAUUUGUGUCAGAAGAAGAUGCUAAGAGUGCUUUAUCAGGGGAGCACUUCCUUGGGAGCAGAAUGCUUGAGAUUAAAGUCGCAACUCCAAAGGAAGAAAUGAGAGCACCUGCAAAAAAAGUGACCAGAAUUUUUGUGGCAAGGAUUCCACAAUCAGUGUCAAAAGCUACUUUUCAGAGUCAUUUUGAGAAAUAUGGUGAGAUAACUGACUUAUACAUGCCAAAGGAUCAAGGCUCGGCUACACAUCGUGGAAUUGGGUUUAUCACCUUUGCGAAUGCAGAGUCUGUUGAUAAUUUGAUGGCUGACACUCAUGAGUUGGGAGGUUCAACUGUAGUUGUUGAUCGAGCAACUCCUAAGGAAGAUGACUUUAGGCCACCACCAGUAAGCAGAGUACCACAGGGUGGAUAUGGCGCAUAUAAUGCAUAUAUUUCUGCAGCAACUAGAUAUGCAGCGCUCGGUGCUCCUACCUUAUAUGAUCAUCCGGGACCUAUGUAUGGAAGAGGUGAAUCUACUCGAGGAGUGGGAAAGAAAAUCUUUGUUGGUAGGCUACCUCCAGAGGCAUCUAUUGAAGACCUUCGGCAAUACUUUGGAAGAUUUGGCCGUAUAAUGGAUGUCUAUGUUCCCAGGGACCCCAAAAGAAGUGGCCACAGAGGUUUUGGUUUUGUAACAUUUGCUGAAGAUGGUGUCGCAGAACGUGUGGCACGGAGGUCUCAUGAGAUAUGUGGACAACAGGUUGCAAUAGAUACGGCCACACCUCUUGACGAUGCUGGCCCUAGUGGAAAUUACAUGAUGAACAGUGCAGAAACCUUUGGGGGAUAUCCCGGUCCAAUGCGUGGCGGCUACGGCAGGAUGUAUGGAAGUCUAGACUUUGAUGACUGGGGUGGUUACGGAAUGGGGAGCGGGAGACCGUCCAGAGCAGAUUGGAGGUACAGGCCAUACUAAAGGAUUGUUGGGGAUUUUUCUUCAGGCUAUAUAAUAAAGUAAUGUCAUAGUCAAUUUGUUUAUUUCCUAAAUCGGUAUACUGCUAUUAGUUCCAUGGAGAUUUUAGUUGGGGUUGAAUGUUGAUCGACUUGUGUAAAAGUGCUUUGAAAGCUCUAUUUGUGGUCGUGGAUAAGAUAUUUUAGCAUGAAAGAAAUUUAGUUUUUAUUCCAAAGCUUUACAAAUCAA